AGAAAAGGCACCUCCUCCUUUUCUUAAGUUGGUCCGAUUUCUACAUUGUCAUCCUCAGAGUCCUACCUACUCUUAACCAACGUUCACUUUUCUCUUCUUCUUUGCCUGGCCCCCUCUUUUUUCCCCUCCCUCCCUCCUUUUUUUCUUUUCUUUUUUCUUUUUUCCUAAUCUCUUGGGAAUCUUUUACCUUCCUCUUCGUUCAGUUGGCUUGGAAGGCUCCCUCUGUUUGCAAAGUUGCUCUCUUUCUAGGUUCUGACCAAGAAGAAAGAAUUCCCUUUCUUUUUUCUUUUUUUCCCUGAGAAGAUUUUAACACUAGCAUACUAUAAAGAAGAUCUUUUCCCUUGAGACAUAGAUGAGUAAAAGUAACGAAGAAGACACAAGAUCCAGCAAUAGGAUGGAGCGCUUCCAACAAGGAGUCCGGAAACGUACCCUCAUGGCGAAAAAGAAGGUGCAGAGUAUCACAAAGGAUGAUGUGAAAAGUUACUUACUGAGGAAUUUUUUUGUGCUGUUCACCAUCAUUGCAGUCAUUGUCGGUAUUAUCCUUGGAUUUGGUCUCCGGUCAUACAACUUCAGCUAUCGAGAAGUGAAAUAUUUCUCCUUCCCUGGUGAACUUUUAAUGAGAAUGUUACAGAUGUUGGUUUUGCCUCUCAUUGUAUCCAGCUUAGUAACAGGAGUUGCUGCACUGGACAGUAAAGCAUCAGGAAAGAUGGGACUCCGAGCAGUCGUCUACUACAUGGUUACCACCGUCAUUGCUGUCCUGAUUGGAAUCAUCAUGGUGGUUAUAAUUCACCCUGGGAAAGGAUCUAAGGAAAAGAUGCACCGAGAAGGCAAGAUAGUGCGAGUGACAGCUGCAGACGCCUUUCUGGAUCUAAUCAGAAAUAUGUUUCCUCCAAAUCUGGUAGAAGCCUGCUUUAAACAGUUCAAAACCAAUUACGAGGAACGGGUUCCUAGCGUGAUACAUGAUUCUAAUGAAACAUCUCUCCUUAAUGGCAUUAUCAACAACGUUUCAGAAGCAAUGGAAAACCUAACUCAGCUGAAAAGGGAAAUGAUCCCUGUUCCGGGAGCGGUCAAUGGAGUGAAUGCACUUGGAUUGGUCGUGUUCUCAAUCAGCUUUGGACUGGUGAUUGGGAACAUGAAGGAGCAGGGACGGGCACUGAGAGACUUCUUUGAUAGUCUUAAUGAGGCUAUCAUGCGACUAGUUGCACUAAUCAUGUGGUAUGCACCACUUGGUAUCUUGUUUCUGAUUGCGGGGAAAAUUGUUGAAAUGGAAGAUAUGGGUGUGAUUGGAGGCCAGCUUGCCAUGUAUACUGUUACAGUUAUCAUUGGCUUGCUCAUCCAUGCUAUUGUUGUUCUCCCAUUGCUCUAUUUCUUAAUCACUCGAAAGAACCCUUGGGUCUUUAUUGGAGGAUUGCUGCAAGCUCUCAUCACAGCCUUGGGAACAUCUUCAAGUUCUGCAACCUUACCAAUCACAUUUAAGUGUUUGGAAGAAAAUAAUGGAGUAGAUAAACGCAUUACAAGAUUUGUGCUCCCUGUAGGUGCGACCAUUAACAUGGAUGGGACAGCUUUAUAUGAGGCACUGGCUGCAAUUUUCAUUGCCCAGGUUAAUAACAUGGACCUGAACUUCGGACAGAUUAUCACAAUCAGCAUUACAGCUACAGCUGCCAGCAUUGGUGCAGCAGGCAUUCCUCAGGCUGGCCUGGUCACUAUGGUGAUUGUAUUGACAUCUGUCGGUUUGCCUACAGACGAUAUCACCCUCAUCAUUGCAGUGGAUUGGUUUUUGGAUCGUCUACGCACCACUACCAACGUUUUGGGAGACUCAAUUGGCGCAGGGAUUGUAGAACACUUAUCACGGCAUGAGUUGAGGAACAAGGAUGCUGAGAUGGGUAAUUCUGUGAUAGAAGAGAAUGAAAUGAAGAAGCCUUACCAGCUGAUCUCACAAGAGAAUGAGAACGAAAAGCCCUUAGACAGUGAAACCAAGAUGUAAGGUAGAAGACCCGAUACAAAGCACCAGAUUACAUGGGAAGUGUACACUUUAUCCAGUCCUUUCUGUAUCUUGUCUAUUUGUCCUUCUCUUUCUUUCUCUAUACAAACAGAGCACUGAAAAUAUUUAGGGGUUGUCUAGACAAGAGAGACAUGGAGUUGCGUCUCACACAAGGGCUCUUUGCCUCUUUCUCUUCAUAACACUAGGUAGGCACAAUGCUAGUACAAUGUUAUCUUUAUGUGUGCCUUACCCUGCUCCCAUAGCUAGUGAAGCAAAAGGAGAGCAACAGACAUGAUAUUAGAUCAGAUGUUGUGUUUGCCUAGAUGUUAUGCAGAGGAAAGAGAAGUGGGAUGGCAACAACUACUCUUCUUGCCAUGUCUAGUUAUGCCUUUAGUGAAAAACAGUCUAAAUGAGUAAUGACUGUGGUAUAUGAUUGUGUCCCAUUUAAAAGAAAGAAAGAAAGAAAGAAAGAAAGAAAGAAA